AUGUCCUCAGUCCGACUACCCCCUGGCUACGGAUACAGCCUCGAAUCGACCUCCUCGCCACAUCUAGUCACAGUUCCUUCCUCCAUCGACUUGUACCUCGACCAUCCCAACGUCAGAAUCCGUAAACGCGGACACAGCCACGAUCGAACGUCAUUGCGCCGCGUGUUUAAGAAGACUCAAGUCUUCUAUGAACGCGACGUGUUGCGCGCUAUCGCAAUUCAAACAGGAUCCCAACCGGAGCACAUACCAACACCACAGCUGCACUAUCUUAGCUUUGACGAGGUGCUGCAGGAGCUGCGAUACAAGGGCAUCGAGGUCGAUAACGAUGAUGUCGAGGACGUUGCGACUGCUGGAGAAGAAGAAGAGGUCGUUCAGGCAGAUCAGCCGACAAUGUCAAGCAAGUUGGAGCAGGAAGUCAGAGCAUUGCCAAAUGCAAGCGAGUCUGUUUCCAGGAAGGUAGAAGAUUUCUAUGACUUCGAGGAGAAGCAUUUCCACGAUGAGAUGAAGCGACGACACAGCUUUGGCUGA